AUGUCCACAGAUAUAAGUUUCAAUCCGUUUGUCACGAAAUCAAAAUUAUGUCGAUCUUCGUCACCGCCACUGGAAGUCUUUGAAAAUAAGAUUGAUUUUAAAGAAUCACAAUCAGUUAAUUCUACAAAUUCCGACGGUAAGACAGCGGAGGAUGUAGGAAAAUUAUAUUAUGGUAAUAUUGCUGACCACGAAUCCUCCAUUGCAAGCUCCUCAUCAAAAGCCACGGAAGAUGCAACAAUUCGCGAAGUAAACACCGAGGAUGAAGAUACUGUAGAAGGUCCUUUCUUUGAAGCUGAUGAUUUGAAUGACGAUGAUAAAACGUCUGAUCAUGUUGAAGAUACUGAGAAUAUGCUGAAUUUUAAUGACGUUCUAGCUCAAAGAGCUGAUGACAAUGUUAAUAAUGAUGAAAUGUUUAUCGACGCUGAAGCUUUUGAGUUCCUGUUGAAUCAAAAUAAAAGUAAUGUGGUCGUAGAUAGUGGAAAGGAAAGCUUAUUUUUGAAGUUCGACCCACUUUUUGCUAAAAGGAUGUCAUCUGAUGGUGUUUUAGCGGCUUUCAGUAAAGUUCAAAAAAGACAGAGCACUCCUAAAAGAAUUUCAAAAGCUCCUACAAUCGAUGUUCCUUAUUCUGAUAAAAUGUCGACAGGAGCUUUAAAUUCUACUACAGAAGUAAAUAACACAUUGGAGAACAACUUUGAAGAUCCUAAUACUACAAUUUCUAAACCAAUGAUGGUUGUAAAUCCAGCGAUUAACUCAAUAAUAUCUCCGAGAAACAAGUCCGUUGCCACUCCUCCUAGAGUAAACCGACGCUCACUCACAUUCGCAUCCCCAGCCAUAGCUGUUAUUGAUCGACUUCUCUCCCUAAGUGGAAACAAUUCUACAUUAAACCACGAGGCCACACCCCAACAAGUUCGAAGGGAACACAAUGAAACAGAUCUGGCCUUGACACAGCUUAGAGAAUUGUUGGCUGAAAAGGAAAUACAUGUGCACAAUUUAAGACUAGAGAGUAAGGAGUUGAAAGAAAGAUUGUCUAUAUUAGAAAAUCAAGUUAAAAGCUUAGAAUCAGAAGGUGAGCAAAGAUUGAGAAAAGUCAACGAAUUAAAUGAGCGUCUUGUUGAGAAAACAAACAUUAAUAAAAGCAUGGCUGCGGUUGUAGAAGAAUAUGAGAGAACGAUCGCUAGUUUGAUUGCAGAAACAGUACAGGAUAAGAAACGGCAUGCGGAAGAACGCAUGAGAUUGAUCAACGAAAGAGAUGAACAGACUGCGCAUCUAUCGAGCAUGGAGAUCUCCUUCAAUGACCUCCACAGCAAGUAUGAAAAGAGCAAACAAAUUAUUCUCACCUGCAAAGCGAACGAAGAUACAUACAGAAGAUCGAUUAAAGAGUUUGAAGAAAGUUUGCUAAAGAUGCAAAAAAACUACGAACUAUUAAAACAACACGCGACGACUAAGUUAAAUCACGCGAAUCAAGAGCUGGAGAGAUUGAAUAGAGCUCACGAAGCGGAAGUUCUGAAGUUAAACGCAAUGAUAAAGAGAAAGGAGCUGCAUAUUACGUCCCUCGAGGAAACUCUGGCCCAAAAGACAAAGGCUAACGAAGAGUUGACGGCUAUAUGCGACGAACUCAUCAACAAGGUCGGC